AGCGGGCGAAGGCGGCCAAACGAACAUCGAGCGGCAAACGUCGGCGCGGCCAUCCAGCAAACUAGUUUAAAGCACCAUAAAAAGCCCCAAAAGCCAACAACGGCGACGGAGAGCAGACGCGACUGGCGCCGGGGCCCCACCAAUAAAGUUUGCGGCUAGUGUGUUACUUUUCUUCAGUGCAAAAAAUUAGUUAAUAAAACUACGGAAAAUCUCUAUUGAGUGCAACUGCAGUGGGGAAGAGCAUGCUCUGAAUUCCGAGUUUUUAUUCACCCACAAAAUGCCGUAAAUUUGGAGUGUUGUGGCACCGAAUCGAUAGAAUCGAAAGACCUUAAAGACAGGCACCACAAGGAAGCUAUAAGAGGAUUUCCAAAAUGAAUCGACUUACAUGGAGCUGGUUGCUAGUGGCCCUGGUCUCCUUGGCCAGGAGCUCUCCUGUUCCCAGUCGGCAGUACAGCUGCAUGAGCUACAUGGAGAACGAUAGCUCCCUGCACGACGAUGACUCCGAGCAGGACAAUAGCGGGGAGCUGCUGGAGCAGCAGCUCGAGCCCAGUGCAAUUCCUAAUGAGCCGCACAGACGCAGCUGCUCCGAGGGAUACACCUUCUGCUUUACCCUGUGGAAUCAGAGCUUGAAUAGCACGAGUAUACUCAAGCAAGGCUGCUGGAAGGACAACACUGAUCGAAACUCCAUCUGCAACCCGUCGGAGUGCAUCAGCACAGCCCCCACGUCGAGGACCAGCUCUUUGUACUAUUGCUGCUGUUCGGGAGAUGUGUGCAAUACGAAGUUUUCUGUGGUGGAACCCGCACCCCUGGAGCUGGGCUCCAACGAUGUCCGUUCCCCGCUCACCAAUCUGGCGACGACCAAGCAGCACCAGUCCUUCCUGGCUGGCACAAUGCUGGGCGUUGCUGGUGGAGUCACUGCCAUCAUGAUUGGCAUCUUCCUAGCCGUGCAGUAUUGUCGGGGGCCCAAGGAGAAGCCGGAGCCAGAGGAAUCCCCUCUGGCACCGUCGGGACCAGGCUACAGUUCUAAUCUGCGAAAUGUGGACAACAUGAAUCUAAUUGGAAUGCUAGGCAGUGGAAAGUACGGGACUGUCAUGAAGGGUCUGCUGCACGACCAGGAGGUGGCUGUAAAGAUCUAUCCCGAGGAGCAUCAUCAGUACUAUGUGAAUGAGAGGAAUAUAUACGCUUUGCCCCUGAUGGAUUGUCCGGCUUUGUUGAGUUACUUUGGAUACGAUGAGCGCUGCACCAUGGACGGACGGAUGGAGUACCAGCUGGUGUUAUCGCUGGCUCCAUUGGGGUGCCUUCAGGACUGGCUGAUAGCCAACACCCUGGACUUUUCCCAAUGCUGCGGCAUGCUACGCUCCAUCACGCGCGGCAUCUCCCACCUGCACACGGAACUGCGGCUGGGGGACCAGCACAAACCCUGCGUGGCCCAUCGCGACAUCAAUACGAGAAACGUCCUUGUCCAGGCAGAUCUCUCGUGCUGCAUUGCGGACUUUGGCUUUGCUCUGAAAGUGUUUGGGUCCAAGUACGAGUACAAGGGCGAGGUGGCCAUGGCCGAGACGAAGAGCAUCAAUGAGGUGGGAACGCUGCGCUACAUGGCCCCAGAGCUCCUGGAGGGAGCCGUCAAUCUGCGAGACUGCGAGACGUCCCUCAAACAGAUGGAUGUCUAUGCGCUCGGACUCGUUCUCUGGGAAGUGUCCACUCGCUGCGCAGACUUUUAUGCCGCUGGACAGAUGACGCCGCCCUACAAGGCCCCAUACGAGCAGGAGGUGGGAUCCCACCCUAGCUUCGACCAGAUGCAGGCGCUGGUGGUGCGUCACAAAGCCCGACCGCUCUUUCCCGCCGGCUGGGGAGGCGGUGCAGCGGCCAAAGUGGUGCGGGACACCUGUGAGGAUUGCUGGGACCACGAUGCGGAUGCCAGGCUCACGUCGCUGUGCGCCGAAGAGCGGAUGCAGGAGAUGUCGGGACUAAAGCCACGUCUACAGGCCCAGCCGGCCAGUCCGCUGCUGAACACCAACAACCUGGCGUCGCCCACAUCUCUGGAGCAGGUGAAUCUGACAACAACGACGACGACGGCAGCUGCAGUGCAUCACCAGAUGAACUCGGACACGGCCGGACUGCUCCAGCCGCCGCCCAACCAGCAGCUGCCGACGGAAAAGAAUCAUUUGAGCUACACGCAACAACAGCUCCAGCCGUACCAGGGUAGGAAUCCUUGCCAGGAGCGGAAUCUAGCGCCACUGCCACUGCGACCGCCGCCGGUGCUCGUGGAACGAAGCAAGAAGCACAGCUUCCAGACACAGCCCCAGGAGAACAGCCUAUCCUGCCUGGAGCACGAUGUUGGUGUGGAGGAGCUGCUGCCGCCAGGCGGCGGAGGUCCCCCUGCCCAUCACCACCAGAAGAAUACCAACACAAAUUCCAGCCUGGGGCAGGGAUUCCCCAAACAGCAGAACACGGACCACAAGCUACGCGGCUGGCACGGAGUCCGUGCGCUCAUCCACAAGAAGCUCUUCCGCAAGGAGCACGCAGAGGAGCUGUGCCGCCAACUGCAGCUGGGGGAGGAGAAGUCGAACCUGGUGGCAGCCCUAAAAGCGGGGGGCGGCAUGCGACGACCCAACAAUCUCGACCUGAGCCCCCGUCAACCGCUGGAUAAUAAGUCCAUUCCCGUGCAGUUGCGGAGCGCGGAGCAGCGGAGUGGCACUCCCGCCCAUAUUGUGCCCCGAUCACUGUCCAGCAGCCUCAUUAAGCACAUCAAUAGCAGUAGCAGCACCACAACCACGAACAACAACUGUAUCCUGAGCCAUGGGAACGAACUGCAGACCCUGACGCGACCCUCCUCCAAACGUCGACCGGGUCACCUGCGCACAAACUCCCUUCUGGUGACUAGCCAGACCCAAGGCCAGGGACUUCCCACGGAGCAACAGAUGCGCCGCCAGCAUAGUUUGGAGGUGUUCCGGGAGGUCUUCAGCGGCCGAGGGAGCAGCGAGCGGCUCAGGGAUCCCGCGGAGCGUGUGAAGACCCCUGGGGAUGUGCCCCCAUCGGUGCGAAAGGCCAGGGCCAGUAAGACCCUGAGUCUUUACGAUGAUCGGAUGAUGGACUCGUCGCUGCUUAAUAUACUCUAGCAUGAGGAGGUUCUGCUGCUGGAACUGUAAGGAACUCCAGACUGGAGGGGCAGCAGAACACGGACGAAAUAGAGGGCAGAAUCAUAUCUCAUCCUCUCAUCGAACACACAUAUUCAACGACAGCCAUACUCGCAGGAGACUCGACGACUUGAACCGCUUCCUGGAAAAGAUGUCUUCUGAACGAACAGAUGAAACAUUUAUUUUUUCACCAUAGCUAAAGGAGCAGCUCCACCCGAGGACCUGUAUUGUAUAUUUAGAUGUAUUUUUUCACCAAUCAUCCUAGCGAGUAGUGCGGCAAACAACCAAAGUCCUUAUAGGUUAGAUCUGAAUAGAAAUGGUACGGAUAGGAGUGUAUCACAGUAUAUAGGAUGGAGGCUCUAAAUGCUUCCCCUCCCUCAACGAUAUAUAUUUUUGACAUGAAAGUGAGCGAAACAGGUAGUAGUUUAUAUAGUUUUUCACUGGGCGUGAGACAGUGUGAGACAGAAGUAGAGACGGAGACGGAGACAGAGACAGAUAGGGGCUUAGUCGGACCACUUUUAUAGAGCCAUAUACACUUAAAAAUCCCAAAUGAAAUACGAGUAUAUCUAUAAUUAAAACAUUGUAACUGAAUAUUUAGUCACCACAUACUAUACGCGUGUAUAUGCUGUUGUCCACCAGGGCUGUCACACCUCCAUUAGAACUCCUAUACAAAUUAGAAGAAAAAAAUACUCGAAGAAAUUUAUAUAAACAAGCCACAGCACCCUACUCUGAGAGGCAGAGGCAACCCUUGUGGGCCCACACAGCUGUCUUUUUUGUCGAGUAUUAUGUUUAACAAGUGGCGCGUCUUGCGGCAUCGCCCCUCGGUACGGCUUGGAAUUAUUCUCUUUAAACCUUUGGAACCCCUAGACACCAUUUGGAUGAAUUUUUCUGGAAUGAAUUUCCUUAGUAAUUAGACCAAAACACCCGCAGCCUUUCAAUCACAUAAGAUGCAAGAUCUAGUUAUAUGAUUUACACUAAUUAUAAUAAUUAAUUAAAAUAAACAAUUUAUUUAAAACUGAUCUGAA